GAGAGCUAAGGCAAGGUACUGACUGCGCUUCAUCUGCACCUCAGUGGGGCCAGUGAAAGCCUUAAGACUUCAUCCUGGCGCGGGCCGCGCCAGGGCAAAUAUUUUGAAAAUCAAAGUCCCGACUGCUUGUCAGAAACACACCACAACCACGAUACAUCUUUUCAAUCUCGUCCUUUAAUAGCGAGAUAUUUGUAAUUGAUACCAGGGAAACAGACGAUUAAUCAAUUAAUGACUUACGAGCCGUAAUCGUGGGCUGCUGCUGCCCUUUUUUCUCCCAUCAUAUCCCGCUCACCAUGCACUUUUCGGAUGAGGAAGCUGCCCUUCUCAAGGCAUGGAUCGUAAAGCGCCUCGAGAACACAUCCGAUGCCGACCCCGAUGUUCUAGCAGACUAUGUGCUUGCGCUAUUGCGUCAUGACGGUAGCCCUGACGAGGUUCGAAAGCUUUGUGAAGAGGAGAUUCCUGACUUCCUCAAAGAGGAAUCAACCGUGUUCCUCGACGACGUAUUCGCAGCCAUCGCAUACAAGUCCUUCCUGCCAGGUGCUUCCCCGGCCCCCAAGCUACCACCGGCUCAGGCAAAACCGCCGCCACCACCUCAGAUCCCAGCCUCGGCAUACUAUGCGGCCGCUCCACCACCUCCGGCCACAGCAGCCUUCGCCGUCCCUAGCGGCAACUCGUCGCGCAAACGACAAUAUCGUGAUUUCGAUGAUCCAAAAUCGCAGGAGAAUGGCGAUCGCAUGUACGGUGGAGGGAGGGGCAAGCAAGCGCGACGCCAGAAUGGCUACCCGAGGGCAAACUCUGACCUGCCGGCUCCCGGAGCGCAUGGGGGUGCUUUUGAGUACGACGCGAUAGCCAUGCUCGACUCGAUGCAAGCCUUCAUGGCACAACAGCAGCAAGCGCUAGCCGCCGGCGUGAUGGCGCCGCGAUUUCAGAGAUCAGGAAGGGGUCAAGGAUCCAGACGAGGACGAUGCAGGGACUACGAUGCGCAGGGCUACUGUACAAGAGGUAACACGUGCAAGUUCGAACAUGGUCCUCCGACAGGCUUUGAUAUGGUGCCACCGCCAGCGGGCCAAUUCGAAGGGUAUGAUCCCGCAAAUGCGGCAUUGUUGCUCCCUCAAGGUCAUGGUCAGAAAAUGAUGCCAAUGAACCUUCCCCCGCUACCAGGGUUCCCCUUCAAUGGCAGUCAGCCCAAGUUUCCUAUGGACAAUCGCCAGGCAAAAGGGCCCAAGGGCAAAGGUGGAAGACGCUCACAGCUCUCAGCUGAGGGCCCUGUCCAUGAUAAGAGCCGAUCUACCAUAGUGGUUGAGAACAUUCCCGAGGAGAACUUCACUGAGGAGGAAGUCAGGGGUUUCUUUUCCCAGUUCGGAACCAUCGUUUCAGUGUCCAUGCAACCUUACAAAAGGUUGGCAGUGGUUGAAUACGAUACCUGGGCAUCGGCAAACGCGGCAUAUAGGUCACCAAAGGUGAUCUUUGACAAUCGCUUUGUCAGGGUAUUUUGGCGCAAGGAGGACGACGAUGAACAGCUGGGGAAACCAGCGGGCACCAACGGUACCUCCGGUGGAGGCAACACUGAACUUCCGCAUGCAACAAACGGCGGUAAUCCCGAUACAGGCGAAGAACAUUCUGCUGCAGAGCCUGAGGUUGACGCGGAGGAGUUUGCACGCAGGCAGGAGGAGGCGCAAAAGAUAUUUGAAGAAAAGAAACGGAAGAGGGAGGAAUUAGAUCGCCAGCGCCAGGAUUUGGAGCAGCGGCAAAAGGAGCUUCACGAGGAGCGUAAGAAGCUCAGGGCCAAGCUUGCCGCUCGGGGCGCUGGCGAGUCACAUAAUCGUGACUUGUCCCCAGAGGUCACUUUCUCUACGGAUGGUGGCUCGUCUUCCAAGCCCGAGAGCGAAGAGACGAGGGCCCUGCGUGCAACUCUGGCAGCCCUAGAGGAAGAGGCAAGGUCUAUGGGUCUCAACCCAGAGGAAUCGACAGAAACGUCGUCCUGGCCUCCUGCAUAUCGCGGUCGCGGUGGGUACAGGGGCCGCGGCCGUGGAGGGUAUCCUUUCGCGCCCCACUACAGCUCAUAUCCGCCGAGGGCUGGGUUUCGGGGAGGAUACCGAGGUCGGGGCAGGGGUAACCACCACGCUGCAUACGCGAUGUACUCGUUGGAUCAUCGACCCAAGCGGGUUGCCGUGUCUGGCGUUGAUUUCUCGACGGCGGACAAGGACGAGGCCCUCCGGCAGUACCUUCUUGGCGUUGGUGAGUUCAAGGAGAUCCAGGUGCAGGACGGUGGCACGGCGCAUGUUUCCUUCAGCGACCGGAGAACGGCAGAGACCUUCUACUACGGACUGAGCAGCGGCAAAGGCAUACCCGGCAUAGAGGCGCCGAUCGAGCUGGCCUGGGUUCCCAACUCGGCCGCCGAGACGGCAGCCAACAGCUCGAAACCGAGCCCUGGACAGCAGGGUGCCGAGGCCAGAGAUUCGGCAGACGGUAACGACGAUGCCAUGAAUGACGGCGCCCGGGAUCACGGCUCUCCGCGAGACAGCGAUGGGGAUGAUGAUGAGAACAUGGACUAUGAAGCGGCCGACGACAUGGGUAACUGGGAUGUCGCCUAAUUCGCCACAUUGCAUUGCCCAAGGCCUCUGGAAUAUUGGCACGUUUGGCUAGAGGUUUUGAGGUUGGGCAUUCGGACGAGAAGAACAGCGUGUAACUGCUGCCCCGUCACUCUUAAACGUAGAACAUUUAAGAAACUGAGUCAUAAACGCACCCGUCGGUUGUAGUGUUUCGGUGUCAUCAGAGCAUCUCACGCCCAAGUUUUAGAGGGCUUAUUAUCAUGUAUUCAUCGGAAAGAAAGGGAUCAAAGCGGGCGAGGUAAGGAUCCUUGUGGAUCGAGCGCUUCAUAUUUUACUAAAUAAUAAUGUAUAUCGCUGAUGCAAUUCCUAUAAUGCUC